AAACUCCCAGCUGUCGUAAGAGCAUUUGUGUACUCUUGAUCAAUCAUUCACUGUGGUUGGUCAAGAGUGCAGUGGUAGAACUCCCCAGAGGAUCACAACAGCUGUUUUCUGAUGUGGCAUUUUAAUCCUACGGAAUAGCUACUCAUUUUCAGCAUGGGGGUAUUUUUUCAUUUACUCCUGGGUUUAUGUGCACUGCAUCUGUUCAUCAAUUUUAGUAGAACUGUGGAUGCAUCCAGGAGGCCAUGGACAACUGAUGAUAAAAGGGGGGCUCGGACGAGAAUGGCCAGAAAUGUAAACAGACCAACACCGGUCAACUGUAUGCUGGGGAGCUGGUCAUCUUGGACUCCUUGUAACUCCUGCACAGACAACAAGUUCCGUUUCCGAUACCUGGAGAAACCCUCACAGUUUGGAGGCACAGCGUGCAUUGACACAUUGUGGGAGAGGCUGGCAUGUCCAACAGCGACCACACAGUGUCUGGUGCCAGAUUACUGUGGAGAGGGCUUCACCUGCAAAGAAUCAGGGCGCUGUAUCAGCCAGUCGCUUCGCUGUAACGGAGAGUCAGACUGUGAGGAUUUUUCUGAUGAAGAGGACUGUGAAAAUGUCAACCAGAGAGACGACAAGUGUUCCACCCUCCUGCCAAUCCCUGGUGCUGAGCGCGGGACUCAGGGCUUCAAUGUCUUGACUGGAGACUUUGUGGAUCAUGUACUUGACCCAAAGUACUUUGGAGGAAAGUGUGAAUAUGUCUAUAAUGGUGAAUGGAGGAAAUUCACCUAUGACUCAUUCUGUGAGAACCUGCACUACAAUGAGGAUGAUAAAAACUACCGGAAGCCUUACAACUACCAUAACUACCAGUUUGUGGCUCAAGCUACAUCAGAGGGCUCCCAUGAGUACUUUGAAAGUAUGGUGAGCCUGCUGAACGCAAGGAAAACUUUGGGUUCUUUCAAUGCUGGUUUCACAAUCGGGGUCAGUGAUGUGAAAGUGGGAGUGAGUGGAAGUCAUGAGGCUCAGUUUUUCUCGAACAUAACGCAGUUUACAAGCCAGGACCUAGGGUUUGUUAGGCUUUGGUCCAAAGUGCAAACAGCCCACUUCAAGAUGAGAACCAAUAAGUUGAUGCUUCAUGAAGAUUUCUAUGUUUCACUCAUGGAGCUCCCUGAACAGUAUGACUUUGGGAUGUACUCCCGCUUCUUCAACACAUUUGGCACCCACUACGUCACAGAGGGAACUAUGGGAGGAACCCUUGAAUAUGUCGUGGUUAUCAACAAAACAUCCCUGGCAGAAUCAAAGUAUGAGGGUAAAGAAGCUGGUAAAUGCAUUGGUGCAUCUAUUGGUAUAAGCAGUUCACUUGGCACCUUCGGGACACUAAGUCUCACAUUGGGUAUGAAUCUAUGCAGCAAAAAAGAAAUGCAGAGUCAAGAACAGGACUCUACUUCAGUUAUGAUUGAGGACAUUGUUACUCUAGUGAAGGGAGGAAUAACAUACAGCGACAGUGGCCUGUUGGUUAUCAGGAAUCCGGACACCUACAGGAAGUGGGGAGCAAGUCUCAAAUACAACCCAACACUCAUCGAAUAUGAGACCAUGCCAAUCUACGAGCUAGUGCGCCUCAGCACAGUCGCUGACCGUGUAGGUGCGAGACUGGCCAACUUACAGAGGGGCUGGGAUGAGUAUCUACAGCGGUUUGACUCCUGUAACUGCGCCCCCUGCAGGCACAAUGGGAUCCCUGUCCUCACGGGUACCUCCUGUAAAUGCAUCUGUAUGUCCGGCUACCAUGGAGAGGCCUGUGAAGAGACUCUCAGAACAGACACCAAGACAGAUGGGUCGUGGUCGUGCUGGGGGGCCUGGUCAUCCUGUACGUCGGGGAAGAAGACUCGGGCAAGAACAUGUGAUAAUCCCCCACCUGAUGGGGGAGGAGCAAACUGCCUGGGCUCCUCCUCUCAGACUGGACGCUGUUGAAUUGAAGUUCGUCCCAGAUUUCUGGGUAAAGAUGCUGCUCAGUGCUAAUUGAGCGUAAGGGUUUUUACAUCAAUAACAACUGCUCUUACAGAAUUGUUUUAUAAAUGUCAGAGCCCUCAAAAUUCAAAUGACAUCUGCCCUUCUCAGGUCACACUGUGUGACAUGCUCUACAUCAAAGUCAAAAUAAA